UGUUUGUAAGCUGAGCAUCUCCAUCGAGAGGCUGGGAGAAAAGGAAAUAGGCAGGGAACUUGGAAGUAGAUCCAUGCUCUGAGACACUAAAAGACAGAGAUUCCCGAGCCCCAGCAGUGGUCCUCCUGGGGAUGGACCUGGCAUCAGAGAAUAAAAUGAACUCUGAGGGGGGCGAAGGCAGACCAGUCCCUCCUACCUCUCUACCCCUGCAAGGAGGUCCCACACAAAGGAAAAAACUAUCUGCCCCUCGCAUCAGCCUGUCACUGGACCAGAGCGAGGAUGACUUGGGGGAGACACCAGACGAUCUCGACAUUAAUGUGGACGACCUCGACACCCCUGAUGAGGGGGAUUACCUCGACUACACGGACCAUGAAAUGGACUGGGAAGACCCCAAUGCAGCCAAUAGAAGUGGGACAAGUGAGCCUUACAAUCCAAUCCCGACAUACAGCGCUGAGGAGGAGCGUCAGGACGGCAAACUGUGGAGGACCGUACUCAUUGGGGAUCAGGAGCACCGCAUCAACAUGAAGAUCAUCGAGCCCUACAUGAGGGUCAUCUCCCACGGAGGCUACUAUGGCAACGGAGUGAAUGCCAUCAUCGUGUUUGCUGCCUGUUUCCUGCCAGACAGCGACAGAGAGGACUACCAUGAAAUAAUGGAGAAUCUCUUCCUCUAUGUGAUCAGCACACUGGAGCUGAUGGUGGCAGAAGACUAUAUGAUCGUGUACCUGAAUGGAGCCACACCCCACAGGAGAAUGCCUGGUCUUGGUUGGCUGAAGAAAUGCUAUCAGAUGAUUGACAGAAGGCUCAGGAAGAAUUUGAAAUCUUUCAUUAUUCUCCAUCCAUCAUGGUUUAUCAGGACCAUUCUCGCCAUCACCAAGCCAUUCAUCAGCGCCAAGUUCAGCAGUAAGAUUAAGUAUGUGAACAGUUUGGAUGAACUGCAGGAAUUCAUCCCCAUGGACUGCAUCCAGAUCCCCGAGUGCAUCAUUAGACUUGACAAGGAACUGAAGGAAGCAGCGGAGAACUCAAAAAUGAAUAGUUUUCUGCUGGGACCGGAGCCAACGGCAGCAGGCAGAACAGACAGACCAGACGCAGCUGGUGCCAGCAGCUCUUAAACCCAAACAUCAUAAAUGGAUGGGUCAUCUCAAUGUUCUCACUGUCGUAUUGUACGGUAGGAGCUGGAAAACAAGGACAAAGGCUCAUUAGUGUGAGUGCGUGUGUGUCAGUGUAUGUCAAUUAGACACUGGAGUUUAAUAAGACAACUUGCAAUAGUACCUGUUAGAUGUCAUUCUUUCUGGCUGCUGUAGCAUCAACUGUACCUUUACACCUGCAAUCCAGAGAGCUCUAUAGUCAAGUGUGAUGCUUGGCGACACCUACAGAGUAGCAUCGUCGUUCACGGUAGGAUAGAGAAUGCAAUUACACUCCAGACAGUGCACUGCUCAAAAUCCAUUUGUAGAGUCUAUAGUGUUGUAGUUGAGUUGUGCAUGAGAAGCAGUCAAGCAAUAAUAUCACCCUUUACUGGUCACACACACUCUCAGUAUUUCAGAUAAACAGGAUACUUGUGUAUCAGUAAUCUACAAUAAAAGCACAUGGUGUGGCCAAAAAAAAAAAAAACCCUUGUGCCAUAGAUGAUGACCAACUACUGCAUUUGAGCAAUCCACUCCUCUGUCUUAAUACUCGUUUUAAAAUCUAUCUACAAAUAGAAACUUUAUAGAAUCUAUCUGAAACCAAGGAUGAAUAUGAUAAAUAGGAAACCAAGUUUAAGUGCAAUGUGAGAGCAUGUCUGCAAAUAUGUGUGUGUGUAUGUGAGUGUGUGUUUUCAAUCUGUUUCUGUCAGUUACAUAAACUGGGCAUCGUCUCUUCAGCUUCUCCCUGAUCAUCAGGGAGAAACCACAGAGUGCAUAAAAGAUGGGAUUUCUGUAAAGCACAAUAUCGUCUGUGUGUGUGUCCACACGCAUGUGUGUGUUUGUGCAUCAGUGCAUGUCCCCUCAUAGAUAACUGAUGGUCCUCUUUGAUGGUUUAUUGAGGAUGAGCAAAGAAAUUAUGGUUCACUGUCUAGUAAUUCAAUAAAA